GCCAACACAUACACACACCUGAUUGGUGAAACCAUGCCGUGACUGUUUCCGGUUCAACCGAUACACGGAUUUUAAAUUUCUUUUAAUCGUCUCUGGCCGGCUGUUCCCAUUAACCAACAUAUACCCGAUUGCUUAAUGAACAUUGCUGAAAAGACGCGUAAUGGCUGCUGGAACAACAACAAGCGAUUAUCGAAUCACAAUGUGCGAGUCCAGCGAUGAAGACUUUGACCAGUUUUUGGAGCAAAGGUUCACACCUCAAGCUAAGGCUAAAGCGACUUCACAAAAGCCUCGCAGUGCAGCUAAACCACCAAGCGUGGUGCUUGUGGUGAGCUCAGAUGAUGAAGAUGACGCUCCUUUUGAAACAUUUCUACAACGAGUGAAAACCCCCACUACCAAACCCAAGAGAGCAGAGACUCACAGUGGGGACUGCCUUAAAGACUUUAUUGUAGAUGACAACUCAUCUGAUGAGGAUUUUAUCAAGACAAAACCAUCUCUCAGGGGUCCUAAAAAGGGCAAUACUCCAGCUGCCCAGCACUCUGUCAGAAGACCGCUGUCUCAGCUCAACUCCCCUGUCUUUGUGAGUGACAGUGAAGAUGAGGAUGAUAAUAUUAUCAUCAGGAGCAGUUGGAAACUGCGUCACUCCAAGCCCAUCCCAAAGGUUCAAAACCAUGAUGGAGAAGAUGGAGAGGAGCAAAACGUUCCACCUUCGCCUCCUCUGCCUCCCAGUCCGCCUCUUUUUCUCCCUCGCCCUCCUGGAAAGGCUUCGGCAUCCAUCUUCUCGCCAAAGCGCACCUUUUCUGCACCUUCUCAACUGGAGGAGUCCAGCAGUUCCGAGGAGGAGUUUGUGUCUUUGCUCGAGAGGCUUAAAAAGAAAAACAUUAUCGCAGGAGCUUCAUGCUCUCCAAAGACCAGCAAAGAGUUAAACAGGGAGCCUGUGAUUUCCACUCCUCCUGUGAGGCCAUUAUCCACAUCUACCUCCAAAACCUUAAAGGAAAAACCUCAGCAGGACAAGACUCCUGCCAAAAACCCUUUUCUGAAACCCACUGGAAGUCAGACAGAGCCCAGACGCGGUCCCACCACCAGGGGGCUGUGUAAGACUCCAGGCUGCUUCCUGGAGUUCCUCUCAGACCCUGGUUCAUGCUACAGCUCCAGCUUUAAAAAGAACAAGGAACAACUCACAAGCAAACUCUACCAGCUCUAUAAUUCCAGCGUAUUUGACAAUAAGCUUCCAGUCGACAUGUCCGUGACCUGGAAUAAGAAGAUGCGGAAAACAGCUGGUUACUGUGUCACCGGGCAGGAAAAGGGUGGAGGAAGUCGCUACGCCCGCAUUGAACUUUCAGAGAAAGUGUGCGACUCUGCAGAUCGUCUCAGGGACACCCUCAUCCACGAGUUGUGCCACGCUGCAACCUGGCUCAUCAAUGGCGUGAGAGACGGGCACGGCGCCUUCUGGAAGCUGUACGCCCGCAAAGCCACAGUGCUGCAUCCUGAGCUGCCCAUGGUGACGCGCUGUCACAGUUACGACAUCACAUAUAAGUUCCGAUACCAGUGCACGCGCUGCCAGAACACGAUCGGUCGACAUUCCAAGUCGCUGGACACGCAGAAGUUUGUGUGCGCCCUCUGCACGGGGCGUCUGGUCCUAAUGACCCCCUCCAAGCCACGCGCUCCCACGCCUUUCGCCAACUUUGUCAAGGAAAACUAUGGUAGCGUGCGGCAGGAGCUGGCAGGACAGAGCCACGCGGAGGUGAUGCGAAAACUGAGCACAGACUUUGCUUCCAAAACCAAACUCAGUGACAGCUGACCUGCUUCAAAGUCGAAAUAAUAUUUUUUUAAAUGUUAUUUGCCUUUCACGUUUUUGGUAUUAGAGUUAGACGAUUAACAUCUAAAUGAAUUAUUUUUAUAUAUAAAAAUAAACGUGUUUUUUUUGUUAUUUUUUUACUUUAUCAAUAUUUAAGACUAGAAAUACAGUUUAAACUUUUACUUGAAUAAAAUUGACAUUUUACGCUGUGAACAAAUUUACUUUUUACAAAUUUUUGAUAACUGUUUUGAUUUAUUUGAGACUCUUUCAUUAAACUCUGGGAAUUACCAA